UUUUAUAAAUAAAUUUGAAAUUAUGGCCCAAUACGGAAAACCUGAAUACUGGGAGGAUCGGUACCAACGAGACACUGAAGCCUUUGAUUGGUACCAAAGAUAUGCUGGUGUUAAAGACAUUGUCACUCAGUAUAUCUCACAGAACCACCAGAUCCUCAAUAUUGGAUGCGGUAAUUCAAGAAUGAGCGAAGAAAUGUAUGAAGAAGGCUUCGAGCACAUCACCAACAUCGACAUCUCGUUCACAGUGAUCAAGGCCAUGGCUGAAGAAUACGAAGCAAAGUGUCCCAACAUGAGUUACAAACAAAUGGAUGUGAGGAGUUUGCAGUUCGACCAAGGCACCUUCGACUGAGUCGUCGAUAAGGGCACCUUUGACUCCAUUCUGUGUGGAGACGGUAGUGGGCCUAACAGCGAGCAGACUCUGAACGAAAUUUACAGAGUGUUGUCUCCCACAGGAGUUUUCAUUUGCAUUUCAUAUGCAAUUCCAGACACCAGAGAAUCUUAUUUCAGAAAUAAUGCAUUUGACUGGGAACUACAUACACACAAAGUUGCGAAGCCAACGAUCAGCACUAGCGCAAUCGUAUCAAGCGAAGACAAAGACCCUAAGAACUACCACUACAUCUAUGUGAUGAGGAAGACAGUUGGGAAGAAGUCAGAGGACUAA